AUGGACGAGAUGGAAGAGGAGCUCAAGUGCCCAGUGUGCGGCUCCUUCUACCGGGAGCCGCUGAUCCUGCCCUGCUCUCACAACCUGUGCCAGGCGUGCGCCCGCAACAUCCUGGUGCAGACGCCCGAGGCGGACUCGCCGCAGAGCCGGCGCGCCUCGGGCUCCGGCGGCUCGGCCUCCGAUUAUGACUACCUGGACCUGGACAAGAUGAGCCUGUACAGCGAGGCGGACAGCGGCUACGGCUCGUACGGCGGCUUCGCCAGCGCGCCCACCACGCCGUGCCAGAAGUCGCCCAACGGCGUGCGCGUCUUCCCGCCGACCGUGCCGCCCGCCGCGCACCUCCCGCCGGCCUCGGCCGCUACUCUGGCGCCGGUGCCGCGCAAUUCCUGCCUGACGUGCCCGCAGUGCCACCGCAGCCUGAUCCUGGACGAGCGGGGCCUGCGCGGCUUCCCCAAGAACCGCGUCCUGGAGGGCGUCAUCGACCGCUACCAGCAGAGCAAGGCGGCCGCCCUGCGCUGCCAGCUGUGCGAGAAGGCGCCCAAGGAGGCCACCGUCAUGUGCGAGCAGUGCGACGUCUUCUACUGCGACCCCUGCCGCCUGCGCUGCCACCCGCCGCGGGGGCCGCUAGCCAAGCACCGCCUGUUGCCCCCUGCCCAGGGCCGGGUCAGCCGGAGGCUCAGCCCGCGCAAGAUCUCCACCUGCACCGACCACGAACUGGAGAACCACAGCAUGUACUGCGUCCAGUGCAAGGUGCCUGUUUGCUACCAGUGCCUGGAGGAGGGCAAACACUCCAGCCACGAGGUCAAGGCCCUGGGGGCCAUGUGGAAGCUCCACAAGAGCCAGCUGUCUCAGGCGCUGAAUGGACUCUCAGACAGAGCAAAAGAGGCCAAAGAAUUCCUGGUGCAACUACGGAAUAUGGUGCAGCAGAUCCAGGAGAACAGCGUGGAGUUUGAAGCCUGCCUCGUCGCCCAGUGUGAUGCCCUCAUUGAUGCCCUCAACCGGAGGAAAGCUCAGCUGUUGACGCGGGUCAACAAGGAACAUGAGCACAAGCUGAAGGUGGUGCGGGACCAGAUCUCCCACUGCACAGUGAAACUACGCCAGACGACGGGACUCAUGGAAUACUGCUUGGAGGUCAUCAAGGAGAACGAUCCGAGCGGAUUCCUCCAGAUCUCUGAUGCGCUGAUAAGGAGAGUCCACUUGACAGAGGACCAGUGGGGCAAAGGAACCCUCUCCCCAAGGAUGACGACAGACUUUGAUCUCAACCUGGACAGCGGGCCUUUGCUGCAAACCAUCCACCAGCUGGACUUCAUGCAAAUGAAAGCUUCCUCCCCAGUGCCGGCCCCCCCAAUCCUCCAGCUGGAAGAGUGCUGUACCCAGAACAACAGCGCCACCUUGUCGUGGAAGCAGCCGCCACUUUCCGUGGUGCAAGUAGACGGAUACAUCCUGGAGCUGGAUGAUGGGAACGGCGGUCAGUUCAGGGAGGUGUAUGUCGGGAAGGAGACGAUGUGCACUGUGGAUGGACUCCACUUCAACAGCACCUACAGUGCUCGGGUCAAAGCCUUCAACAAGACUGGGGUCAGCCCCUACAGCAAGAUGCUGGUCCUGCAGACCUCCGAGGCUGCUGGCUCUGACCUUCAGUUUCCCUUAAUCUUGCAUCUAGACUCCGAACCGGAGGAGCAAGCCCUGACUUUCCCCGUGCCUUUGGAAAGGCUGCAGCUGCGUAGAUCGAGCCCCUUCUCUUCCACCCUUAACCUGCAAAACAGCUUUCCGGGGAGAUCCUACUUUGAGCUCAGAUCCUCGUCCCACCAAAUGAGCUUGCACUCUUCUUUGCAAUCUCUGAAUUCGGCCGGUUUUGAGGCUCAGUCAGGACCUUUCUCCCAAUUGGUUGAUAUUAAAAAACUGGUAGCAGUGGCCUGGUUUUCGUUUGACCCAAAUACGGCCCACUCGGAUGUCAUCUUCUCCAACGACAACCUGACCGUCACCUGCAACAGCUACGACGACCGGGUGGUGUUGGGCAAAACGGGCUUCUCCAAGGGGCUCCACUACUGGGAGCUGUCCAUCGACCGCUACGACAACCACCCGGACCCGGCCUUUGGUGUGGCCCGCAUGGAUGUUCUCAAGGACGUCAUGUUGGGGAAAGACGACAAGGCCUGGGCCAUGUACGUGGACAACAACCGGAGCUGGUUCAUGCAUAACAAUUCACACACCAACAGGACUGAAGGGGGCAUCACCAAAGGGGCUACGGUCGGGAUCUUGCUUGAUCUAACCAGGAGGACCUUGACCUUCUCCAUCAAUGAGGACCAGCAGGGGCCAGUGGCCUUUGAGAACCUGGAAGGUGUCUUCUUCCCUGCUGUCAGUCUGAACAGGAAUGUGCAAGUGACGCUGCACACCGGCCUCCCGGUCCCGGACUUCUACAACACACGAGGCUCCAUGCAGUAAGGAGUCACGGGGUGCCCGGCGGCUUUUUCUCAGGACACACCGAGAGACCUGCGUUCGUUUUCUUCAGGAAUUGACCUCAUGGGAGAAAAGGAGGAGAAUAUCUGGUCGUCUGGUAACUCCAGGCCAGCGGAAAACCAAAUUUUUUAAACAAACUA